UGCAGGACGCGUGGUUCCACGUGACUUCAACUCCUUUUAUACUCUUUCUUCUCUACACCUUCAUCAUCUUCUCCUUCUCCUUCCUCUUCUUUGUUGAUUGUUCAUUCAACCUCUGAAAUUCUUCUCAUCAAUCUUUCUAUAGUUUAAUCAUUUGUCGCUAUUUCUAUGGCACCUUUCGAACCGAACAUAGAUUCCACGAUGCGAGAAUCCAAUCACAAGAAGAGAAGGAAAAUCGGAGAGCAUCAAAAUUCGCUCGAUCUCAUAGCGUGGAGAUCCGAGGCGGAGCAGCAGAUCUACUCCUCCAGGCUCGUCGAAGCUCUCCGCAGGAAUCCUUCCCCUGCGGCGACAAAGCCUAGAGCCGCCGGUAAGGUCCGCGAGACCGCCGACCGAGUCCUCGCCGCGACGGCCAAGGGAAGAACGCGGUGGAGCCGCGCGAUUCUCGGCCGGUGGAAGAAACUGCAGAGGAAGCACAAGAAAGUGAAGAGAACCGCCACCGGAUUGAAGAGAGCCGGGAUUGGCGAAGAGAGGAGGAGACAGCGGUUACCGCCGGUGCAGAAGAAAGCGCGCGUUCUCAGCCGGUUGGUCCCCGGUUGCCAUAAGCUCUCGUUCCCGAACCUUCUCGAAGAAGCGACUGACUAUAUUUCCGCCUUGGAGAUGCAAGUUCGAGCCAUGACGGCUCUCGCCGAGCUACUUUCCGGUGGCGCGUCGACUGAACUCGCCGGUCACAUGUUGAGUUGACCCACCCGCUUUGUUUACAAACUUGGCUAUAUUGCGCCAGGUGUUUCUUAAUUUUUUUUAUUUUUUCUCUUUUUUUUUUUUAAUAUGGUUUUUAUUGGCCUUCAGAUUCAUGUAUUUUAUCGUGUACACUGUACAUGCCAUUCGCUUAUUCCUCCACUA